AUGGCCGAAGAGGAGAAAAAGAGAUUUCUCGAAGGAAGCGAGAUGGAACUCGGCGAGAAGCAGGGAAAGGGAUUUAGCAGUCCUCCGCCACCCUCGAUGCCACGGCACACACACCCCGAUCACAGCUGGCAGAACAACCCCGUCCUACCCGUCAUCAGCUACUGCGCUUCCUCCAUUUUGAUGACCGUGGCAAACAAAUAUAUCCUCUCGUUCCCUGAUUACAAUCUUAACUUCCUCCUGUUGGCUGUUCAGUCCAUUGUCUGUGUGCUGGCUAUUUCGUCCUGCAAGUCCAUGGGCCUCAUCACCUAUCGAAACUUCAAGACAGAUGAGGCAAAGAAAUGGUUCCCUAUUUCUCUUCUUCUGAUCGGCAUGAUCUACACCAGCACCAAAGCCCUACGAUACCUCUCGAUCCCCGUGUACACGAUCUUCAAGAACUUGACCAUUAUUCUGAUCGCAUAUGGCGAGGUCCUAUGGUUCGGUGGCUCGGUUUCGCCCAUCGCCCUCUUCUCCUUCGGCCUGAUGGUGCUUAGCUCCGUGAUCGCGGCUUGGGCCGACAUUGCACACGCCCUCCAGGCGCAUUCCUCUUCAACUUCUGCCGCAGCUACGGAACAGCUGGCCACAUUGAACGCAGGUUACGUCUGGAUGUUGGUCAAUUGCUUGUCAACUGCUGCAUACGUUUUAGGAAUGCGCAAGCGCAUCAAGCUCACCAACUUCAAGGAUUUUGACACAAUGUUCUACAACAACCUGCUCACUAUCCCCAUUCUGGUGAUUGCCUCUCUUCUGGCAGAGGACUGGUCCGGUGCCAAUCUGGCCAAAAACUUCCCCCCAAGCACAAGGAAUGGAAUCAUUGGCGCCAUGAUUUUCACCGGCCUAUCCUCGAUUUUUAUUUCAUAUACAUCAGCGUGGUGCGUUCGGGCAACCUCUUCGACGACCUACUCCAUGGUUGGUGCUCUGAACAAACUCCCGAUUGCUGUUUCUGGUCUCAUCUUCUUCGACGCCCCGGUGACACUUCCUAGCGUGACAGCUAUCUUUGUCGGAUUUGUCAGCGGUAUCGUCUAUGCAUUGGCCAAAGUCAGGGAGUCUUCGAAGCCAAAGACUGGUAUUCUGCCAACGUCUAAUACCAUGAGCGCCAGCAGCCAAAGCAACAGGGACAGUCUGAAGGCCUGA